CCGCGUUCCGUGAAGACAAGACAGUUAUUUAAGAUGUUAGGUUAGAAUGAAUGCAUUUUGUUUGCAUUUUAAAAGAAUAAAAAUUACACAGUUAUCUUAUCAAAACUUAUUAUAUUUUAACAAUUAUGUCCAAAUUUAAUGGCGAAUUGUCAAGUUCUGACAGUAGCGAUGACGAAGACGAAUAUAAUCCUAGUGAUUCUAGAGAACAUCGUACUGCACGAAAAUCAGUUUCACAGCCUUCUCAGACUUAUAUUACAAGAAGACAAGCUGCAAGAAAUGCUAAUAAACUUUUAAAAGAAACAUCUGACCUUUUCAUGGCCAAUUUUAAUCCAGAAACUAGUACUAGGGAGAAAAGGAAGCUAAGUAGAAAAAUCCAUCCACCAAGUAAUAUUCGCAGACCUACCGGAGCUAUAUAUGAUGAAAAUGGUAUUCAUAUCAGCACGGGUGUAGAUCUAUGUGAUUGUCUUAAUGAAGAGUGUGUAGGAUGCUUUUUUGAGUGUCCAAAAUGUGCAUCACAAAAAUGUGGCAUGGAUUGCAGGGUUCAUAGAAAAUAUAUGGUAGAACAAAUAGAAUAUCAUGGUUAUGACCACAUUAUUAAAAAUCCUCUAAUCAAGUACUGACCUCAGAUUCUAAUAAAUGCAUCCUUACCUUUCAUGUUUAAACAGUUUGAGUUUCAAGUUUUUUAUUAUGUUUGACAAAAACAAAGUCAUCAAUAAACAUCACCGCUACAUCAAGCAACUAUAAAACAAAAACAGCAAACUGAUACAAGUAGGUUUAUAGAUUAUAACUAACUGAACAGCAAACUGGACACCCACAAACCUGCAGAGCCGUUAUUUUUGAAUAAAGUAAUUCUGGACCAAAGUAUUAAAAAAGUCCAAUCUUCAUUUUCAUUGCUUUGAGAAAUUGUUAAAAUUGAUGAAUUCUUAAUUUCAAAUAAAUUGAUAUAUUUGUUUU